UUCCCCGGGAACUGAAAAAAUAAAAUAAUAAUAAUAAAAGAUUCCCGCGAUUAUCGUCCUCCACUGCCGGCGGUGGAGGAAGCACAAUCCACAGCUCGAAUUUGAAUUGCACGCCAAAAUCCCGCCGAUACAGAUUCCCUCUGUGUCUCGGCGGCGGCGGCGGCGGCGGUAGCAAGUACGAAGAACUAGUGAUCUCCAAAUGAGGAGGAUUACGGAGAUUUUCAGGUUUCGCUCUGUGGCAACUCUGUGUGUUCUAACAACGGGAACUGGACUUGCGUUCCAGACCUCGAACUCUAAUUCCAAAUUUGUCUCAUCAUCUUCCGAUUCUCGUUCCACUUCUCUCGAUUUUGGGGAGAAGAUUAGGGCCGCUGUUAACGGCUUCCGUCGUUCCUCUCGCGCGAUUUCCACAAUUUCUCUGGUAGUUCUUGACUAUAAGUACUCUUUGCAAGGGGUGGUAGCGAACUCUGAGGAAUACCGUCUUAAAUUAUCUGAGGUUCAUCGUCGCUCUGCAAAUAGAAUCUUAAAGCUAUGCCAAGUUAAUAAGGGGUUUUAUGUUAAAGCUGGUCAGUUUGUAGCUUCAUUGCGGCAGACACCAAAUGAAUACUCGUCCAUUCUCUCUUCACUGCAAGAUCAGGCUGUUCCUUGUCCAUUCAAAGAUAUAAAAGAUAUUCUAAUCUGCAACCUCGGUUCAGAUAUAUCAGCAAUAUUUGUUUCACUCGAUGAACAACCUAUAGCUGCUGCGUCAAUUGCUCAGGUGCACCGUGGUAUACUGAAAAAUAAUCAAGAAGUAGCUAUCAAGGUGCAGUACCCAGGAUUGAUGCAACACGUGAAAAUAGACAUAACAGUCAUGUCUUUCCUAUCGAGAACCAUCUCAUGGCUAUUCCCAGACUAUAGGUUUCAGUGGCUGGCAUCAGAAUUUGAAAAGACAAUUUUUUUGGAGUUGGAUUUCAUCCACGAAGCUAGAAAUGCUGAGAGGACUGCUGAAAACUUCAAGAACAAAAAUUUGAUCAAGAUUCCUCAAGUAUAUUGGGAAUUUACCACGAGGCAAGUUCUGACAAUGGAGUUCUGUGAAGGACACAAGGUUGAUGAUAUUGAAUUCAUGAAGCAAUCGGGCAUAGAACCAGCAAAGGUUGCCAAAGCACUUGUCGAAAUAUUUGCUGAGAUGAUUUUUGUCCAUGGUUUCCUGCAUGGUGAUCCACACCCUGUUCUUCUAGAUCAUGGAAUCUACAAACAGUUGGAUGAAGAAUUUAGACUGAACUAUUGUCAGCUCUGGCAGGCCAUGAUUACACUAGAUACCAAUAAAAUACUUCAAUUAGGAGAACGGUUUGAUGUCCCGAAGUACUGUAGAUACUUCCCUCUCAUUUUCACUGGGAGAUCAUUUGAUAGUACAUCUGCUCUUGGGAUGGGAAUGUCCAAUGAAGAAAAAAGAAAUCUUAAGCAGGAACUGAAGUUGUUAAAGAUGGAGGACAUUUCUUCAUUCAUGGAAUCUUUGCCUCCGGACUUUCUCACUGUACUGCGCACAGAUGGUUUAUUGAGGUCCAUCACGAGAAAGUUGGGUGUUUCACAACGAGUUAGAAUAUUAACCUAUGCCAAAUUUGCAUUACGUGGUUCUUCUCCCAAAUUGAAUCCUGAAACAGAUAAUAUUGUGAAAGUUGCUUACUUCAGACUGAAGACAAACUUAAGCUACCUUUAUUUUAGGCUCAUUCUUGCUGGAAUUGAGGCGCUAUCAAAUUUUCAAAAGUUCAUGCAUUAUGUGUAUUCAUUGUGUGGCAAGUUCAUUUAUGCCACGAAAACUUUGCCGAUGCUUUCAUUCCUGUAGAGUAUUCAAGGUACAUGUUCUUGGCUUCUGGAAGAGUAUAUACGACUCGUUCCUCGACUUAAAGCUUCUAAUGGGAAAUCAUCAGUUUCUGAAAGAAUGAUUUCCCAAGGUAUACAUUUUUGUUUGUCUUACCAAAAACAAAACAAAUCAAAACAAGAUAAAGCAUUCAGAUAGAAAUAGGAUAGGACUAAAUGUAACCUUCUCAAAUACUUUAGAGGCCUUUAUUUUUUUUUUUUUUUUUUUUGUAUGAUUGAGUGACCUUUUUGAAGAUUCAAAGUUCUAAUGUAAAGGUUCAGAAAUUUAUUGGUUGUAUACAGAAGUAAAGAUGGUUAUUGGUUAAGGCUCAUGUUCUUUA